AUGGCCGAAUCGGGCGCGGACGUGGAAACAGCGACGUUCGAGUCGCUAGGAAUUUGCAGCCAGCUAGUGGAGGCGUGUCAGACGCUCGGGUGGAAGAACCCCACGCCCAUUCAGUGCUCCGCCAUUCCACCCGCUAUUCAAGGUCGCGACGUGAUCGGGCUAGCGCAGACGGGCUCCGGCAAGACCGCGGCGUUCACUAUCCCCAUUCUCGAGGCCCUCUUAGCGAAACCUUCGCCGCUCUUCGCCUGUAUACUGUCGCCAACACGCGAGUUGGCCAUUCAAAUAGCAGAGCAGUGCGAGGCGCUUGGCAGCAGCAUAGGCCUCAAAUGCGCCGUGGUUAGUUGGCCCUUCCCUCUCCUCCCCGCCCUCUCCUCCUCGCCCUCUCCUCCUCGCCCUCUCCUCCUCGCCUUGUCCUCCUCGCUUGGUGAGCUUCUGCUCUUUUUCUCUCUGCACUUGAUGCCGACAACCAUUUGCUGUUUGUCUUCCUCCGUCAACGCCCUCUCCUCCUCGCGACAACACAUCUACCACUCUCUCUCGCGCGCGCGCACUUCCCCAUCCACCAUAGUGGGAGGCGUGGACAUGGUAGCUCAGGCGAUUGCGCUGGGAAAGCGGCCACACAUCAUUGUGGGCACGCCUGGCCGGUUAGUGGAUCAUCUGAGCAACACCAAGGGGUUCAAUCUCCGCACUCUCAAGUACCUGGUGCUGGACGAGGCGGACCGGCUGCUGAACCUGGAGUUUGAGGCGGAGAUAGACGAGAUCCUCAAGGUGGUGCCCAAGGAGCGGCGCACGCUGCUCUUCUCCGCCACCAUGACCAGCAAGGUCGCCAAGCUGCAACGUGCCUGCCUCAAGGACCCCGUCAAGGUGGAGGUGUCAUCCAAGUAUUCCACAGUGGACACGCUACGCCAGCAGUACCUCUUCGUGCCCGCCAAGCACAAGGACUGCUACCUGGUGUAUGUGUUGAACGAGCUAGCGGGCAGCACCGCUAUGGUCUUCACACGCACAUGUGAUGCCACACGUCGCGUCGCCCUGCUCCUCCGCAACCUUGGGUUCCCCGCCAUUCCCAUCAGCGGCCAGAUGAGCCAGCCGAAGCGGCUGGGGGCGUUGAACAAGUUCAAGAGCGGCGACAGGAGCAUCCUGAUCUGCACAGACGUGGCCAGUAGAGGGCUUGACAUCCCCUCUGUCGACAUGGUUGUCAACUACGACAUCCCCACCAACUCCAAGGACUACAUUCACAGGGUGGGGCGGACAGCGAGAGCGGGGCGGUCGGGGCGGGCCAUCACCAUAGUCACACAGUACGACGUGGAGCUCUUUCAACGCAUCGAGCAGCUCAUAGGCAAAAAGAUGGAGGGGUUUCCAGCAGAGGCAGAAGAGGCUCUGGUGCUAUUGGAGAGAGUCAGUGAGGCUCAGAGGCUUGCUAACAUGACCAUACGGGACAAGGAUGCCAACAGGAAGGGCGGCAGGAGACGGACGAGAGAUGACGAUGAGGAAGGGGGAGGGGGCGGCGGCAGCAUGAUGAGACAGCUGGGGAUAGGUGGCAGAGGUAGGGGGCGGGGAGGGGGCAGAGGAGGGGGUGGGCGUGGCGGCGGUGGUAAGCGGAUGAAGAGGUGA